UGUGAAUGCAGUGGGGUUCGUGCGUGCGUGUGAGUGAGUGUGUUUUGCUUGUGGAAUGUGGGAGUUGUCCCCACGCGCUUUACGAACAACCGACCUGUCCAAACAGUGCACGCGUGGCAGAGGAUGUCACACCAACCAAAACAGCGGAGGCACGCUCACAGCACAGUCUUUGAUCCGUUAUUGGAGGAAAAUCCGCCGUACAGGGUAGAGUCGGGGCGGGGCGUAAUUACACGGAGUCCCAUCUAUUUAGGGUCAAGUACAACAUUUUUACAGUCCUAACCAGCGUGGGUUCAAAGUUUGUUUUGUGCCCGGAAACUGCGAAUCACCCACGGGGCGCGGAGGAAGUGCUUUCAGAAUCGAGCGAUAUUUUUGGCCGUGUUAUUUUGCCUUUAGUUAAUCCACGGACUCGCGAUAAAAUCUGCACGGGAUGGAUUGCAAAGCUGCUACAGCCAGCGUAAUUCGUUAGCAUCUCGUCGACUAGCUCCUCCAGAGGCUCGACCGCCGCGAGUACGGGGCUGCGGCGCGGCUGGACGGACGCGGAGCGAGGCGACCCCUCUGCGGGCUGAGCUGCCGAGGCGGUGGGCGUGUUUUCUCGGCGUGCUAGCAUGUGAGCUGGCGCCAAGUUCUCGGCGUGAAAAAAACAAGAUUUACAAGUUACGGGCUGGAGUGAAGCAGCAAAAGUCACAUCUCGCUUGAUCGGAAAAGUUGCACGCAGUGAUGGAGUCAGCCGUUAGUACAUCCACUCAAGUGCCAGAUGAGUUUGACCGCAAUGUUCCACGGAUCUGUGGUGUGUGUGGAGACAAAGCCACUGGCUUUCACUUUAAUGCGAUGACCUGCGAGGGCUGCAAAGGCUUCUUCAGGCGCAGUAUGAAGCGGAAGGCCAGCUUUACCUGUCCUUUUAAUGGAAGCUGCACCAUCACUAAAGAUAACCGUCGUCACUGCCAGGCCUGCAGACUCAAGCGUUGCCUGGAUAUUGGCAUGAUGAAAGAGUUUAUACUGACAGAUGAGGAAGUUCAGAGGAAAAAGGAGCUGAUCCAGAGGAGAAAGGAUGAGGAGGCGCAGAGGGAGGCGCAGAAGCCCCGGCUUUCAGAGGAGCAGCGCAGCAUCAUUGAUACGCUGGUGGAUGCACAUCACAAAACCUAUGACGAUUCCUAUUCCGACUUCUCACGCUUCAGACCUCCAGUUAGAGAGGGUCCAGUUACACGUAGUGCCAGCCGAGCCGCGUCUCUUCAUUCACUAUCAGAUGCCUCCUCAGACUCCUUCAACCAUUCUCCAGAGUCGGGAGAUCGUAAGAUGAAUCUGAGCAGUCUGUUGAUGAUGUAUCAGGAGCAGGGUUUGAGCUCCAGUCCAGACUCAAAGGAGGAUGAAGGCACUAGUCUUUCCAUGCUUCCUCACCUGGCUGACCUGGUUUCCUACAGCAUCCAGAAGGUCAUCGGCUUUGCCAAGAUGAUUCCUGGAUUCAGAGAGCUGACAGCUGAAGAUCAGAUUGCUUUGCUCAAGUCCAGUGCUAUAGAAGUGAUCAUGCUCAGGUCCAACCAGUCUUUCAAUCUGGAGGACAUGAGCUGGAGCUGUGGAGGACCCGAGUUUAAAUACUGCGUCAAUGAUGUGACGAAAGCUGGACACACUCUGGAGCUGUUGGAGCCUCUGGUGAAGUUUCAGGUGGGCUUGAAAAAACUCAACCUACAUGAAGAAGAACAUGUGCUGCUGAUGGCCAUUUGCCUGCUGUCUCCAGACCGACCCGGUGUGCAAGACCACGAGCGAGUGGAAGCGUUGCAGGACAAUAUAUCUGAGGUUCUGCAGGCGUACAUCCGUGCGCAUCACCCGGGGGGGCGUCUGCUCUACGCAAAGAUGAUCCAAAAGCUGGCGGACCUCCGCAGCCUGAAUGAAGAGCACUCCAAGCAGUACCGCUCACUUUCUUUCCAGCCCGAACACAGCAUGCAGCUGACCCCUCUGGUGCUGGAGGUGUUCGGCGGACAGGUCACUUAGCAACUCAAAUCGGAACAAAACGUGCGGGUCAAAUGGCGUGACCCGGAGGGUUGUGGAGUGAAUGUAUGGACAAUCACCUUAAACGCAUACAGAGUUUCCAGGACGAAGUUUGUGAGUGGUGUGUGUGUGUGUAAGUGUAUUCCCUCAUCAUUUACAAAUCGGCUAGGUAGUGCCAUAGAUGUUUCCGUUUAUUUGUUUUAUGUAAGGAAGACAUUCUCAUGAGAAUGUAAUAUGGUCAUGGUGUUUUUCACUGUGGCAACAAAAUACAGUAUAUCUUACUGUAUUGUCAAUAGCCAACAGUAUUACACUGCAUGUGUAGGAUGAGUGUGUGAGUGUGCGGUCCUGUUCUAAACCUCUGCAUGGUCCCCAAAGCGCUGUCCACUACUGCUGAUGUCCUGUCUCUUCACCUCCUGCCUUUAAAUGCACAGGGUUAAAAGUACUAAUGCAAGCACACAGCUCUAACUCACCCCUCGCCUAGCCACUUAACCAAUCAAACGGCAGCUCCGCCCCCCUUUCCUCUGCCUCCAGAUCUCUGAUAGGUCGCUGAACAAUGGCUGUCUUCUCUACUGUUAUUUGCCUGUGCUGUGAUUGGCCAAUAACCUGACGCUUCUGCAAAGUGGUCAGUGCGGCAUUAGCGCUCGCCACGCAGCUAAUCUGUAAAUAAGACUCAGUAUCUAUAUUCGUACCUUUUCGAAUCAGUGUAAAUGGAGUUUGAUAUAAUCGCUUCUUGUGGCUAAUGGAAGAAUCUAGCAGAGGGAGACCCUGCAGCCCUGGCUGGUUAUGAUGAAUAUGUAAACAAAGACUGCGAUCUAACUGUGCGUUUAUGCAGGAAUCAUGGAUUGUGUUUUAAAAAGCUGAGAGCUUUACCUCCCUUCUUUGCAAUGUUGUGAUGUCCUAUAGGUUACAUAUUUCUCAACUCUCGCAUUCCAUCAUGCAUUGUUUUUCUUGGAAACACUUUUUUUUUUUUUUUUUUUUUUUUAGUUCAGAUUAGUUCAGCUAAUUACAUUUUUCUCUAACAAAGUUUUACCCUUCGUUAGAUAUCAUACUUUUUUUCCUCAUGACACCGUUGAAUCCUGAAUGCUUUUUAUCAUGAAUUCAUGAAAAACUAUAGUACAUUUCACACAAGCAAGAGUUACACAGCUAAAACAAAAAUAUCUGGGUCAUAUUUCAACCCGAAAUAAAAAAAAAUCUCCCUGGAUGUAAUUUUGAUUACUCUAAUAUGUGACUCUGGACCACAAAACCAGUCUUGAAUAGCACAGGUAUAUUUUUAGCAAUAUACAAAAAUACACUGUAUGGGUCAAAAUUAUCAAUUUUUCUUUUAUGCCAAAAAUCAUUAGGAUAUUAAGUAAAGAUUAUGUCCCAUGAAGGUAAUUUGUAAAUUUCCUACUGUAAAUGUAUCUCCACUUGAUUUUUGAUUAGUUAUAUGCAUUGAUAAGAACUUUAUUUGAACAAUUUUAAAGGCGAAGGUUUUGAUUUUUUUUUUUUUUUUUUUUUUUUUUUUUUUUUUUUCCGGAUUUUCAAUUUGUUGUAUCAAUUUGUUAUUUAUUCAGUUUCAAAAAAUUGACCCUUGAGUAGUUUGUGGUCCAGGGUCACAUAUGAUACUGCAUAUCUUCCAUAUACAAUUAUGUAUUCUUUACAUUUUAAAUAAUACAUCUUCUUCCCUUAAUAUUACAUUAAGUAUUUUUUUUACAUUAUGGGAUUCAAAAAUUGUGGGAAAUAUAAGUAAAUGGAAUACUUGAAAAUAGUGUCACUUUUCAACUUUGAACUAUGACCUGGGAACGAUGUUAUCUUCCUCUCAGGUUUUGGGAGAUUAAUCGAAUAACUGUUUUGCUUUGGGAAAUAUGACUUGGCUUAUUUGCCAAUUUAAAUUUUUGUCAUCAGUAACUGCAGUAACUGUUACAUGCUGUCUGGAUAUAUUUGAUAUUUUGUUGGCACAGGGAGGUUUUUCAAAGCAUAUUCUAAUUACAGCAUUCAACUCAGCACAUUCUCAUCUUAUGCUGGUUGUUAUCAUCUAAACGGUAAUUACAGUCACAUAAUACCAUGUCGCCCAUGGUAUAGACUUUUUUUGCAUGUCUUUGGACACCAUGUUAAUAUCACACAAGCCACUGCCUGCAUUGUGUCCUCAAAACCAAACACAACUGCCUUAGCUUGGCCUCAGCUGUUCACACUUAAUCAUCUUUAUUGAUCUUUUAAUGCUUUUUAAGUCCGUAAGAAUGCUUUUCUCCACUGUGUAUAAUAUCUGUAAGUGAUAUUUGCGAGGCUGUCGUCAAGGGCUCCUUGAGUCGCAUUAGAGGGCUGAUGCUUACAGAGUUGCUUUAUAUAUCUCGUUCUCUUCACAAAGUCUUUUUUUUUUUUUUUUUUUUUUUUUUUUUUCUAAUCACGUCUGAUUCGUAUGAAUCUUUUUCUCAGUCAGGGUUCAGGGUCAUUAGGAAAAACUUUUCUGUGGUAUGAGAGUUAAUCAUAGUUAAUGAAGAUUGUCUGUAGGUGUGAGUUUGGUGUCGGAACUGGGUCGACGAUUUAAUGAUCACGUAAGCUGAAUUUAACUACCUGGAAACUGCGGUCGCUCGGAAAGGCGAGCGCAGUGCGAGUGUGUGUCUGUGGAAGCGUGCGUCUAUGAAGUGAGGGCGAUUAAUCUAUACACCAAGUAUAUUCAUAUAGGAUUGGGUGUCGCAUAUUCGGCCCAGCGUUGAUGGGGAAUGUGUGUUUUUGUGUGAGAAGGAGAAAGAGUGAGAAGGUUAUUGUUUCCUCAGUAUAUUACUCUUAAAUAACUUAGUCAUGGCACUUAAGAUUUAAUGAUAUGGAAGGUUUGCUAUAUAUAUCUAUGAGUAUUACUUUGCAAAUGUAAAAGAUUAAAAUAUUUUCUUGUAGACUAGUUUUGAUAUUCUGGUAUCAGUGUACAAGUGGCGGCACAGGCAGAGGGUUAUGUGCGUAUAUGUGGGUAGGUAUGCAAAUAUAGGAAAGUACGAUUGAAUGCUAACCUCUAGCCCAGUGCGGGCAUAUUUCAUAUAUAUAUAUAUAUAUAUAUAUAUAUAUAUAUAUGAAAUGAUUUUCUUUCAUGAUCUUAUUGCUCUCCUUCAACUGUCUAUUUUAUCGUCUUCAUGCCUUCUCUCUAUACUAAGCUGCUCAGUAUUUUGUGGGAUGAGGGUGUACACUCAAUUCUAAACUGGAAAACGAUGUAAUCUUCCAGUCUUGAGCGUUUUUGUAAUCAUUCACUUACUUGUUUCGUUCGUGAUGAACGAGUGAGAAUAUCCCUGCAGCACUUAAUCUAGAUCAGACAAACCAGGACAACAUGUCACGUUUAAACAAUUGCAAAAUAUACAGUAUGCAUGGUGACGGUGGUGAUGAUGAUGAUGGUGAGACGAAGAUGAAAUUGAUGUUGGUCUCUUUUCCGAGUCCAAAAUGUAACCAUAACAAACUACCUCUCUGGGGAACAGACACAUUUGAUUUGUAUUUUUUUUAUGAUUCAUGUUUGUAUUUAUUGCUGUGCAGUGGCUCACAUGGACAACCCAGUACCUCAUGUAUGAAUAUCACUUAACAACAAAGACGCCUUAACAGCUGUUUUAUCAGAUUUUUUUAAACUAUUAUUAUCUGUGUGUACAGUAUUUGUAUCUUUAGCUUUCUUCAACACGUUGAAGCCUCCACAUACACGGACAGACAAGACAAGACAGACAGACACCUUCACAAGAAAGCUGAGAGCUGUUAAGGCGUGGUCACUUCCAUGAUUGACAGUGUUCAGUUGCUGCUGGGAUUGGUUGGCCAUCCUCAGGCCCCGCCCCUUCUUUAUUCUGACUGCUCAGUUGGAUUUUGCUGCUCCGCAAAAAUAAUUACACAAAACCUGUCAGAGCACGGCCUUCUCUCGUUGUCUCUUUUUGAACGGCGACGUGUCAAGCGGACGUCAUCUACUCUGCAAAUCACACUUGCUCCAACUUUACCUCGUUCAAAAACGCAUUUACACUCUACAGUCAAUACCUCAUGCCUGGUCAAUCCUAAAAUGGAGUAGAUGAUGGAUUCCGGUUGAUGACAGAGUCGUCCGUGACAAAGGGAAAAUGAAGAGAGACGUGCUCUUUACCUCUCCUCUUCUGUCUGGGCACCAUUGGACAGGAGAUCAAUAGAAAGUUUGUGGCACUAAAUGGCUCAUAAGUGCGGAAGCACUUCUGUCUCUGAGUGAAUGGGUACCAUAAGGAAAACUGUAAUACAAAUGCUAGCUGUUUACAGGCUAACAGUAGUACGCCUGCUCACCAGGACAAAACCAGUUGAAUAUGACCAUUCAUGAAACGGUUAAAAUUGCCUGUUUUGUUUUCUUUUUUUUCUUUUACAUCAUAAAGUAUUGUAAAUUCAUGUUCCUGAUUUCAUGUAAUAUUGGUCAAAUGUUUUACAAAUCAAUAAAAGAAUAUAAUAAUAAACACC